UGCCGUGCGGGGAGAUGGCCCCCACGUUGCAGGACGUGUCGUACCUGCUCGGGCUUCCCAUUGCGGGUGAAGCUGUUGGUCCGGUUGCCGUGCCACCUUUCUGGAGGGCGGAGCUUCAAGAGCGGUUUGCUCCAGUGAACCCGCCACUUUUUGUGAACGUACCGGACGCGCCCGGCCCCGCCAAGAGUUGGGUGAUACAAUUUAGGGCUCAGGAUCUCCACCCUCUGGCUGGGCAGUACGAGGUGUCGCGCUGCCUGAAGGCAUAUCUGUUGUGGUUGUCCGGCUGGACUCUUUUCUGCAACUAUAGCGGGAAUUAUGUGGAUAAGAUUCUCAUCCAAUACGCGCGUGCGAUUGCGGAUGCGGAGCCGGGCCAGGUACCUGCGUGGAGCUGGGGAUCGACAGUGCUUGCUGCCACGUACCGAGGUCUUUGCCAAGCCUGUUUCAAGACGGAGAGGACCGCCGUCAUCACAGGCUGCCCACUUCUGCUGCAGCUAUGGUCGUACGAGUGAUUCGCCAUAGCACGCCCCCUAAUCAGC